AUGAUUCUUUAAAUUGAUAAAACAAAUUCAAACAUCGAUAAAAUCUAGUCAAAGUGCAAAAAUAAGUAACAAAUUAACUAAGAAAUAAUUUGCUUCGUCCAGCUAUUAGUUCAUAAUUUAAAGCAAAUGAUAGGUGGGUGGAAACAAUUUGCAAACAUUGUUAUAAAAUAAAUGUAGUUAUCUGGAUACUAAGAUUAAGAGAUUCUUGAUUUGUUGGGUAAUCAUCAAGAUUUAGUGAAUGAAUGUUCUAGUACAUUAAAGCACUUGAGAUAAAAUAUUUUAACUUAAUCUCAAGUUUUCACUCUCUCACUAAUCUAUCAAAUGCAUAAUUAAGUCAAUGAAUUAAACUUGAAAGAAGGAUAAAAUGAUUAAUCAAUUAAUAUGAGUUAAGAUCUGGAUUAGAAUCAACUAACUUGUCUUAAAGGGAUGAAAAUUGCAAAAAAUUCUUCCUAACAAUCUCAAAUUCCUUAAGACUAAUGGAAAGCAAAGUCGAAUUCAAGAAAUGAGAUGGAGCAAACUAGAGACAUAGGCAGUGACAAAAUUAUUGGUCAAAAUAAUGAAGUUUAAGUAAUUUAAUGGUAAAAAAAUGAUUAAAAAACUCUAUAAUAAAACAAGAUCCCUCUUCCAACGAUUGCUAAUGAUUUGAAUGUUCAAAUACUAUCAUCAAAAAUUAGUAUUCAAGAGUUACCCAAUUCAGUUUAAUUUUCUAUUGAUAAAUCAUAAAACUCAGUAAAUAAAGUUGGCUUAUAAAACGAUUCUGAUGGUAAGAUCGCUGAGUAAUCAUUCAACAAUAUUUCAAUAAAGUAAGAAGCAUUAUUAGUCCAUGAAAGUGAUAUAUAAGAAGAAGUAAAACUAAACAUUGAUUCAAGCUAAGAAAUAUAUAAUUCUUAAGUUAUCAAUGCAAAUUAAAAUUUGAAUAAAAACUUUGGUGAUCUUUCCGAAUAAAAUCCUUAAGUUAAUCAAAUUUAAGCAUUAGCCAAUACUAUGGAUAAUAAGGAUUAGCUUAUUUUAAAGAAGGAUCCUGCUUUUAAAAUUUUAAGACCUAAAAAAAGAAGAUAGAAUGACAAACAAGUCAUUAUUCAAAGUUUCUAAGAAAUAAAAGAAAUAAAUCUAAAUCCUCAAAAGAAAACUACUCUACUCUAUUACAACAUGCUAGAUGAAAAGUUACUUCUAGGAUUGAGUGAUGCUUAUACAUAGGUAUAUUCUAUUAAAAAUGAUGAGGAAUGGGAGUUAACAUCUAUAAUUACUCCUAUAUCAGUUUUCAAUUAUCAGGAAUCAAUCUAUUUCGGGUUGAAUUCUAAAUAAGUUGUUAUCUUAGAUCGAUUGGAAUAUGAGUAGAAAAAGCUUAUUGACACUACUGAAAUAGUCAUAAAAAUAAUACUCUAUACUCACUAUGAUUAUUAGAAUAAUACUAGCAAAGAAUAUUUAGUAUUCCUUGAAGAAAAAGGGUACAUAGAAUUUUAUUCUCUUUAAAAUUAUUCCGUAAUUUUCACUUAUUAGCACAAUUGCAAAAUGGAUAUUAAAGACGGUUUUCAAGUUCAUAAUUCAAAUCAGCUUUGUCUUGGAUUCUCUGAACUUGUGUAGAAUGAAUAUAAAAACGGUCAGCUCUCUUUCAUCUAAAUAAUUAGACCACAAAAUAAUAAUCAAUAAUCAAACAAGCUUGAAAUACUACCCAAAAAAAUAGAAUAAGAGAUAUAGAUUAAAGAAUUAGAAAAUAUCAAGUAUUUCAAUAAAAAGGUAGUAUUUUGUGUCUAGCAAAUUUCAACUAACUGCUUUAUUGCUUUAAGCAUUCAUAAGAAUAUUUUUUUCUUUAACAGAAAAUACCCUAAGAAAGUCUAACAAAUACAUAAUCCAUCAGGUAGCAUCAAUUACAACUCAUUAGUAAAGAUUGAUGGGUUUAGAGAAAGCCGUCCUUAUUUGAUUUUCAGAGAUUCAAAAUCUCUCGGACUGAUAAAUUGCAAAUCACUUGAAGUAUUUACUCUGGCUUAAGGAAUAGAUUAUGCAAGAUGCGGAAACUUAUUUUGCCUUGAGUAAUCCAGUAAUGACAAAGAAGGGAAACUUUACUUGUAUACGAUGAUAUUUGAAAGAAUCUCAGGAAAGAGAUCCCUUAGAGUUUAUUCACUCAAUAUUGAGAACAAUAUGUGA